AUGCAUAGGAGGGGAUAUCUAUCCCACGAGGCAACAUUGCAGCAAAUGUUCGAGACAGGAUGCGGUGAAGCACUCUUGCAAGUUUGCCAAAGUCACAGUGACUUUGUUCAGGCUCAUAGUCUUGAUAUUCUUCACAAUGCCGUGCGUCGGGGAAGUACCUCGCUGGUAGAGCGCCUCACAAACAAAGUCGAAUAUCAGAGUGAAGCCGGUGUUGGGGACGAUCAGAUGCCUCUCCUUCUGAUAGCGGCAAGCGGCUGGUUCGUGCGGCCACAGCCAAUUCUAGACAUCCAGAAGGAAUACAUCUGCCAAACGGACAAGAUGCACAACGCUAGAUGUGCUUUGCAUUUGGCAGCUAUAUUAGGGAAUGAAACUCUGGUCACAUGGAUCAUUGCCUCCUGUACCGACGUGGCCAGAACCAUCAACGCCCAAGACGCUUCAUUAGCCACGCCCUUGCCGCUCGCUGCUAGGAAUGGUCACUUUAAGAUUGUUCGGCGGCUUCUUGAUGCGGAUGCCGCCAUAUCCAUGGCUGACAACGAAGGCCAAACCGCGUUGCACGAAGCGGCCGCAAGUGGUCGAUGUGAAACCGUCCAACUUCUCCUCUGGAAAGGGGCGCUCAUCUGUUCUACAAACAAGAAGGGCCAGACACUGCUGCAUGUUUCUCUGGAAAGUGGCCACCCUGAAAUCGCACUUGUUCUCCUGAGCCACGCGAAGGCUGCGCACACAGAGCCAGCGGGAGAUGAGAAGCAGGACAGAACAAAGCCGGAUUUGAUCAAUAAGGCAGGAUUGAAGCUCGUGGAUAAGGAGGGAAACAGCCCGAUCCAUCUUGCAGCUCGCCGAGGACAAAUCUACUAUUGGCCCGAAGAGCCAAAGUACAAGCUCGAGACGGCAAUGAAAAAUAAACCACUACACUGGGCAGCGGAGCACAAAGCGCUUGCUGCUAUGAAAAAGCUCAUCAAUGCUGGAGCCUGGGUAAAUGUUGAGGACAAGCUUAGACGAUCGCCCUUGUGCUAUGCUGCUGCAGCUAACUAUCCUGAGAUGGUCGGCAUGCUCCUCAAAGCCGGUGCUUCCACGGAAAGUGCCGACUGGGACGACGUAUACGAAUCUCAUGAUGAUGAAGUUGACCAAGGCACGCCAACCCAAAUAGCUGCUCUCGGAGGCGCACAUGAGAUAGUCAGGCGGCUGCUGGACAAAGGGGCCGACGCCACCAAAGGUUACGGGAUUUACGGGAGUCCGCUGAAUGCUGCAGUGAGAGGAGUGACGCGAAGGGUUGGAAACUUGGAUGCGUAUCUGAAAACUGUCCGAGUCAUUCUAGAGAGGGACAAGGACGGCGACAUACUCAAUCAUGAAGCUGGUAAAUACGGCACUGCUCUCCAAGCGGCGGCCUCUGGUGGUGUCGGACAGAUGAUUGACCUACUACUUGACUGCAAACCGGAGCUUGAUGUCCUUUCAGGCCAGUUCGGAACACCGCUUCAUGCCGCUGUAUAUCAUCGAAAUAUCGAGGCGAUAGACCGGCUGAUGAAGAGAGAGAAAGAAAACUUUUUCUAUGGGACAGUCGACCACGAGGGCCGCCUACCCUUUCAUAUCGCCGCAAGCAGAGGCGGGAGACUGAUACGGUGGCUCAUCGCCAGCAGCGCGGACCAUGUCCUUGACCGGGAUUUCCAAGGACGACAUACUAUGCACUUUGCGGCAGCAUCCGGAUCUUACUUGGUCUGCGAAAUGAGCCUUGCUAAAUAUAAAGAGGCGCUGAAAGAUAAUGAUUGCGAUGGUUGGACGCCGCUUAAUUGGGCGUGCCGACAGGGUAAACUCGAGAUUAUCGAACUUCUCAUCCAGCGCCGCGCAGACAGGAACAAAUCCAGCCUCCGGAUGUGGAAGCCCAUUGACGUGGCAACCUAUUUCAAGACAUGUUCAGCCUGA